AUGAAUGUCCCGAGUUUACGCUGUGCAAUAAAAAGUGUCAGUUCGGCUACUAUAGAGACGAAAACAAUUGCAGAGUCUGCCAAUGCUGGAAUCCUUGCUGGGAAUAUAAAAAUAAUGGUACAAUUUAACCAUUCCACAGAAUCACUUAACACAAAUUACAUGCUAUCACACAUUCAUUCAAAUUUUCACCACAUAACACUAUGCUAUGGAUUCAAGCUAAGAAAUAAUGACGAAGAGCUUAUGCUCGACUGUCCACUCUCUAAGUGUAGGCUCGUCGAAACUCCGACCACGUCAAAACUCGAAUCCCGUGCUGUUUGUGUCUGA